GUACAUAGCGACACUUAUUACAAAGUUUAGUUGCACGGGGUUCAGCUCUCGCUAUGCAGUUUGCAAUGAAGGGCUUCCUUGUUAUACUUUACUUGAGCUUAUUCUAUCACAGCGUCCACUGUCAAGAUGAAGAAUUUGACGAAGUCCAAAGAGAAGAAGAUAAGCUACCACAGUAUCUUAAAGAUGAUGGAAUUCGGCGAGUCGCCAAGCUAACGAAAGACCACUUUAACAAGACGUUGAGAGCGAGUCGAAUGAUGGUAGUUUUAUUUUAUUAUUCGAGCAGCGAAAAGCCAGAUCCUGAAGCUGAUCAAUCGUGGAAAACGGACCAAAAGAUGCUUGAGAUUGUAGCUCGAGUUCUUCAACCACAGGGUGUCACAGUUGGUGUGGUUAAUGUUGCUGAAAACAUGGAGCUAGUAAAAGAAAUGGGUGUGAAAUACUCUGGAGCAAUUAUGGUUUAUCACAGAGGAAAGAGAAUAGAAUAUUUUGGACACAGGUCAGCUGAUGUUCUUGUGGGAUUUCUUCACAAGAUGUUUGAGCCCCCGGUUUCAUUCAUAGAAAGCAAGAAACAGAAGACUUCGUUUGAAGAUAUUGAUGGAAGCAAAGUAAUAGCUUACUUGGAAAAAGACUCGCCAGAAAUCAAAGCAUUCGAAGAAUCGGCCACGCAGCAUCAACCCUUAUUACCAUUCUUUGCUGUUUCUGAUAAGAAGCUUGCCAGAUCAUUUCGGCUCAAGAAACCCAAAACCAUACAACUCUUGAAACCAUAUGAGAAACCUGUCAAUUACCCAGCAGAUAAGACCAUAACAGAAGAAAACAUCAACAAUUUUAUUGCUCAGAACAAGAGAGGCAUUUUAACGAAGAUUAGACUUGAAGAUAUACAUGAUACAUGGUCAACUAAUGUGGAAGGUUAUUUGGUUACCGCUUUCGUGAGGCUUGAUACGAAUGAAGGUUCACAAUUCUUCUCUUUGGUAAAGUCGCUGGCCAGGCGAUACGGAGACGAAAAGAAAUUACAUUUCUUGUGGGUCGAUCCUGAUCCAUUCCCUACGAUGCGUGAUUACUGGCAGAAGUCGUACAAUAUCGAUGUGAACUCUCCUGUCAUCGGGGUCAUUGAGCCAAAAUUUAGCAAAAGUUCUUGGUUCGAAAGGAAAGGAAAGGAACUUAAAUUACGACAUCUCCAACAGUGGGUGGAAGAUGUUCUGGCGGGUAAAGUGGAGCUGAAAGAGCCCGCGGAUUCUGCGGGAGCGAGUCAGGGCCAAAAACGAGAAGAGCAAUUGAAGAAAGAAGAGCUUUGACCCUAGUUGCUUUUUAGUGUCUUAUAUUCAGCGUCUUGUUACGAACAGAGAACGCUACCAAGCUACAUGUUAGGGAAAUAUAUGGCGUCUUAAUUGCGCUCAUUUGAUAAAUUAAACCGAGCGAAGAUUAUAUUAGUAAUCAAAGCUGCGGAAAGGGGCAAACGCGAAUGAUAUCUGCGUUACCCAUCGAUCACCCUGCUUCUCCCCCUCCCACAUCCCUUCUCAUUUCUGACUUUCUUUGGUCUUGGAGUAGUUUUUCUGAAGUAAACGUUAAUGAACAUUUUGAGAUGUUGAUUGUUAGUGAUUUUUCUUUGCAUUUGUUUCGCAUGGGAGAUUUUCGAGCUCGAAUUCUCACUGUAUUUAGGUGAAACAUAACAGUCUUUGCAAAGUAUCUUAUAUUAAAGAAUUUUUUCAAUUUACAAAUCGCAAUGUUGUUAUUGCAGCUAAUUGUAGUUGCUGGUUAGAUGAAUCUUCAAGAUUUCUAGUGCUACGAAUAAAAAUUAUGUUCCCGAAAGCGGGCCUAA